AUGCUCGAGUCACUGUUCAGCCCUCCCCAGGUGCUAAGCCUCGUUUCAGCCGCCGUGCUCGUCACGCUGUACUAUACCAAGUUGAACGAGGCGUCUACUUUAUCCAAAGGCGACAAGGUCAAGCAUGCCGUCGUUCUACCAGGAACGCUUCCAAUACUGGGCAACGCCUUCGAACUUGCAGCCAAUGCUCCGCGCAUGCACGACUGGCUGGCUGAUCAGUUUGCUGCUACAAAGGGCGAGGCUUUCGUCGUACGUCUACCCGGCAAAGAUGAUAUGAUGUUCAUUGCCAAGCCCGAGCACCUCGAAGCUGUGCUGAAGACGCAGUUUGACAACUUUCCCAAGAGCACUUACAUCCACGACGUGUUUUACGAUUUGCUGGGCCACGGCAUAGUCUUGACGAACGGCGAGACGUGGAAGCGUCAGCGCAGCGUCGUUGUCGGACUAUUUAGUGCUCGAGCACUGCGUGAGCACAUGACUCCGCUCGUGCAGCAGUACACAAAGGAGAUGGUCAAUAUCCUGUCGAAUGCGGCAGCUAUCAACGCUCCUCUUGACGUCUUUGACCUCUUGCAUCGCUUCACGUUCGACGUGUUUGGUGAGAUCGGAUUCGGGGCCAAGAUGGGCUCCAUGAGUGGAGCUUUCCAGCCGUUUGCAGAAGCGAUGGACGAGGCGCAGUUUCUGGCCGGCAAGCGCUUCAAGCAACCCAUGUGGUACUGGAAACUCCGUCGCUGGCUAAAUGUGGGCGAUGAGCGCAAGCUCAAGGAAGACGUGCGCGUAAUCGAUGAGCAUUUGAUGCGUUUUAUUGCUGACGCUAUUGAACGUCGUCGUUCACGCGUAGCGAAGCAGAAAGCAGGCGAGCCAGCAGCUUUUGCCGACAAAGACAUUGUGUCUAUAGUACUUGAUACAAUGGAGUCAACAGGUCUUUCAAUGAACCCCGUCGAAGUGCGCAACAUCGCUUUGGCUUCGAUUGUCGCCGGUCGAGACACCACUGCCGACUGCAUGAGCUGGUUGGUCCACAUGCUGACUCAGAAUCCAGAGGUCGAAACCAAGCUGCGCAACGAGAUCCGGACCAAGAUCCCUCAUAUCAGCAAUGACAUGGAGUACAUACCGUCUCUGGAGGAUGUGAACCGGGUGCCGUACCUUGAGGCUUGUAUCCGUGAACUUCUCCGUCUGUACCCUUCUGGCCCGUUAAUCACCACGCACUGCAUGGAGGACACCGUGUUCCCAGACGGCACUUUUGUACCUGCGAAGACGGACAUUGGCAUUGCGCUCUUCUCUGUUGGGCGGCUCACAAGUGUUUGGGGCGAAGAUGCGUUGGAAUUCAAGCCGGAGCGGUUUAUCGACAACGAAACGGGUGAGGUCAUUCCAAUGACUGCAACCAAGUUCGCUCCUUUUAGCGCCGGUCCUCGUAUCUGUGUUGGCCAAGCACUAGCUUUGAUUGAGAUGAAGAUCGCGAUUGCGAGCAUGGUCGGCCGCUUUUACAUGGUCCCUGAACCUGAUCAGAAGGUCGCUUAUACACAGGGCAUUUCACUCGGAAUGAUGACGCCUCUUAUGAUGCGACUCGAGGUAGCGAAAGUGUAA